CUUGGGAACUGUCAAAAGUGUGUUUAUGCUACAACAAAAAGUGUACCAGGGUUCGCGUUCUUUUUCCCAACAAUUGGAGCGAAAACUUUUCCACAACAAUUUUACCUUCUGUAUCGAGAGUAAACCACCAUAAAGUUGUUUCACAAUGAAACUGGUCAGGUUCCUGAUGAAACUGAGCCACGAAACGGUGACGAUCGAGCUGAAGAAUGGCACACAGGUGCACGGCACGAUCACGGGCGUGGACGUCGCAAUGAACACACACCUGAAAGCGGUCAAAAUGACGAUAAAGAACCGGGAUCCGGUCACACUGGACUCGCUCAGCAUCCGCGGCAACAACAUUCGCUACUACAUCCUGCCGGACAGCUUGCCGCUGGAGACGCUGCUGAUCGACGAUGCGCCCAAGACGCGCGCGAAGAAGCGGGAAGCGAACCGGGGCGGGCCGCGCGGCCGCGGCAGAGGUACGCGGGGUGGUCGCGGUGGACCGCGGGGCGGUCGGGGCGGUGGACGCGGACGCGGUCGGCGCUAGUCGGGUGCUGUGAUCGACGCUGGACGGAUCGCAUUUACUGAAACCAACCAUCCUCAACUCCUUAGCCAUAAGAGACAAGUUCAUUUACUAUAAAAGUUUGAGUCAGAUUUUGCAAGCGGAUAGAUACUACACAAAACGAAUGCGAAAUAAAAUUGUCAGAAAGGGUAAGCACCUGAA